GAUGACAAAUAACCCAUUACGUCGCCUGGAUUGUUUGAAACAACCGCUGAAUUUUUUUUUAAUUUAUGGAUUUCAUAUAUUACACAUUCGAACAAAUCACAUUUGUGUUAUAAAUAAUAAAAGCGCGCAAUUACGAAAUAAAUUUUAUAAGUUAUGAAAAUGUAUUAAUUUAACCAUUUUUCCUGCAAAAAUAGCUUUUUACAAGUAAUUUCACAUCAAGUCCAUUACUAAAACUGCAGUUUAAUGUAAUAUAUAUUAUAUACACACACACAUAUAUAUGUGUGUAUAUAUUGUAUUAAAAAUAUAUCACGUUUGCAAAGUUCAAGAUUAUGGAUAAUUCAUAUGAUGUACGAUGAUUAAUGAUCUACGAUUAAAGAAUUAACUAUUAAAUUUUAAAAUGUAACUUCUUCAGUUUAUUCCUCUGUGAAUUCUGCUGUAUCCGAAACCAGGUGGCCAGAUAAGAAGAAGAGAGAAAACAAGGAAGAAGAAAGUACUCAGAAGAUGAAGGAAAUGAAGCGAGAAAGAAAGAAAAGUCACGCGAAGUAACUCUUAGUAAUUACGGUUAUUUCGAGGAGUUUCUCGGAACGGUUGGAUUGAUCCCUCCUCAAAUCUUCUCCUCUUACCGGGAAGCCGUAGGAAGACAUCUCUCCGCGAAGAGAAAUCAAGGAGUAAGUGGCAACGAAAGAAAGAGAGACGAAAUCGAAGAAGAGGGAGAACAAGAGGGAAGGCGAGGGAAAAGCUGGAUAACAGUUACGUAUAUACACAGAAUGAGAGGAUUCUGUUCUGAUCGCAGAGCUUGGCAGUCGUAGCGGUCCUUUUCGACGGUGCAAACGUCGUGAAGCUCGAGGAAAGAAAGUUGACUUUCUGAGAAAACCGACUGCAUAUUAAAUUUAUCGGAAUGUUAAUUAAAUACUUCUUAAAAGAAAUUUAAAAAAUUGAAGUUGACCGAAGAGGACAUUGAUAGAAGUGUGAAAAUUAAUUUAUCUGAAUAUUUGGAAUUGAUUAGAAGAACUUAAAAGAUAAAUCUUUUUUUAAUUUUAAAAAUAUUGAGUUUUUUAAUAUUUUUUUAAUUCUUUAACUUUUUUAAAUCUUGAUCCGGAGUGAAAGAAAUUUUUAAAUAAACUUUAAAGACCUUAAAAAUCAAGGAUUUCAAACACCUAAAGUUCAAUCAUUCUCUUUUAAUUCGUGUUAUUUAAUUAAAAAAAAGAAUGUUUUAUUAAUAAAACUAUUUGGUUCUUUUAAAAGUGAUGAAACAAGCUGAAGUACGUUCGGGAAAUAUUUUGAUCGUAAUUCAAUAAGCUAAAUUUUAUUUUUAUCGAGCAACAUUAUUGAUCAGUUCAACGAAAGUGUGCUUUAUGAAUAUAUUAUAACAAUCAUUGACAAAAAAUUCAUUGAUUUACACUUAUUGAAACUAAAAAUACUGCAGUGAUUCACGAGCUUGUGAAAGUUCACUGCGACAGUUUCCUUUUGAAGAUGAGGAAACUUUUGUUAUUAAUAAUCUGCAUUCAGAUUGCAUUAAAUGUCGUUGGCAGGCACCAUAGGGACAGUGAUUUUUUGAGCCACGUGCAGCUGGUGCAUCAGUUUCAAUGUUCAUUGCCCCAAUCGCGGGCGAUCGCAGUUGAGGAUCUCCUGACCGUAGGCCUCGGACCUGACGAAGCUUUUUAUCCUGCAUCCACGGUCCUGACACGUUGCACCGGAUCAGGAUGCUGCCUCAACUCCGAACAGAUAUGCGCGCCGAUAGAAACUAGAAACGUCACCCUCGUCUUCAUGGUCAGGCAUCGCAUUGAUCAACAACGAGAUCGUCACCAUGAAGUCAUUCAUGCUAUCGAACAUACCAAGUGCGCCUGCGUGGAUAAAAUUCUGGCUACGAAGGAUUUUAGGUUUUGAAAAAAAAAAAAACUCUUACGAAGACGCGGCAACUGAUCUCUACGUCGAGAUAAACAACGAAUUAAUACUUGAAAUACCGGAUAGAAAGAUCUAGAAUCUAAUUUUAUUAUGAAAAUGCUAAUUUUAUUUGAAAAAUAAUAUUUCAAAAAUUAUUUCGUCUUUUUAAACAAGAACUCAUUUUCGAAAUUGAGGAAAAGUGAUCGUAUAAAUUAUAGAUCUAAAAUUAAUUAAGUUAGAUAAUGUUAGAUUGCAUUAGCAGGACACAGUAAGCUUUAGCGAGAAAAAAAUACUUCAUCUAAAAGAAUUAGAAGUAUAUAAAAGCGAAGUAGAUACAAAUCGUAGAUUUAUUUCGAAAAUAAAGAAGCGAUGGAAUAAGAAAGAUUAAAAUUUCGCGUCAAUGAUAUAUUCGUCAUUUUAGAAAUAGAAUACAUUGAUAUGAGAUAUAUAAAAGCAUUACCUUUUCAUGUAAACUUUAAAGAAGCAUUUCAUAUAUUUUCUAUAUUUUAAUUACUUGUAUGUAUCGCAUAUACAUCAACUUAUUGGUAAAUAAAUAAGUUAAAUUAUUUCUAAAAUUUCUGCAGAAAAAAA